CCGGUCGUGGUGGUCGAAAGUUGGACGAUGUACGCGAUAAAUAUCAGAAAGCCUGCCGCAAAUUACAUCUCACCCACAACGAAUAUGUACUCUCCAUCACCGAAGCUGUUGAGGUGGAAAAAGAUUUCCGUACAGUAUUACUACCGGGACUGCUGGAGCAUCAACAAUCCGUGCAAGAAAGUUUUAUUCUACUCUGGAAGAAUAUACUGCAGGAGACCAGUCAACAUGGAGAUCUCACAUCCGACAAAUUCAAAGAAAUACAAAAGCGAAUUGAUAAUGUGAUAAACAGCAUAAAUCCCAGUGAGGAGUAUCGGGAAUUCACUGAGAAACACAAAACCUCCCCCGCCACACCGCUUGUAUUCCAAUUCGAUAACGCACUCAUCGAGGACAUACCUGGCAAACUGCAAUCAAAUACGCUAACAGUCGAUAAUCUUACCGUCGAUUGGCUGCGAUCGCGCCUGAUUGACUUGGAACUCGCAGUGAAGGAUUGCCAGGAGAAACAGCUAAAGAUGAUCGAGCAAGCGAAUGGUGGUUCACCUAUAGCGAAUGGCAGCAUAACGCGUAACGGUAGCACCGCUAGCAAUGGCAUACAAUCCCCGAAGGAUAGUCAAAAUAGGCAAUCAAAGGACCUCGGUUCACUGCGUUGUCAGGAAAAACAAAAACAAAAGUUGGUGGAUAUGAUUAAGUGUGCUUUAAAUGAGAUUGGCUGCGAAGAGUUGCCAUCUGGCUGUGAUGAUCAUUUGGAACAAAAUUUCAUAGAAAAUAGUUUUAAUAACGAUCAACAGAACUCUGCGGCAUCCACCAAUUCCACUGGCGUAAGUAUUAUGAAUGAACUGCGACGUCGAGGUGGCGUACUCACACUUUUGCGCGGUAGACCUUUCAAACGCAAAUCCACACCGCAACCGACCACACCCACCGCAAAUCGUACGCGCACGCAACGUUUCAACAAGCUGCAGCCGCGCUCACAAAGUCUCGGAUCGUUGUCGGUAAAUACUAGUCCCGCGAAAUACGAGCCCAUUACUAACCCUUUGCGCAUGGCCACCAGCCUCGAAGCUAACACCAGCUAUGGUCUGCAUGACAUAGAUCCCGAUUCAAUAAUUAUAUUUGAUCGGCGCGCCGCUACUGCUAAAAUGUUUCCCAAGUUGCGUCGCACGCAGCUUUCAAUGUUGUGUUUGAAUGAAGAGGAAGCGCCUACCGCUUUUGUUAUAUCCAUUGAUACUAACCCGAACGACGAAAUGCACGACGAGUUGAGCGCUCAUAAAACCAACAACAAUAAUAUAUAUGCAGAUUUAUUAGGGGGUUGCGAGUCGUUAGGGGGUGACUGCGACAGUGUUAGGAGCGGCGAAUUGGCGUUGCGACGUCAAGAAAAUGUGAAGAUCGAAAUAAAUCGGGAGGAUAGCACAAGGCUUACGAUAGAUCGGGCGCUUCAGUUGCGGCAAGAUGUUGCGGAAAAAAGCGGAUUGGAAGCUGUUUUGGAAAAUAACAACAGUCCUAAGACAGCGCCGACUGCAGCUACUGCGCACACGCUUGAAACGGUGAAGAACUCAAUCGAUGCGCAUUUGGACAAGAUCGAUGAAUUGAAUCGCACAUUGGAUGAUCGCAUGAAGCGCCACUUGCCACAAAAUACUGUGACGCGGCCGCCGCUAAAUGUCGACGCUAUUGAGGCUGCCGAACCAACAGCAGUUACAGUACGCACGAAAACUGCCGAGGAACAAGAGGCGGCACACUGCUCCUCGAAACGCACUUCCAGUUCGAGCUCAGAUUGUCGUCCUUGUGGAGGGCGCAAGGAAAAGGAUAGUGACGGUAAUGGCAAUAACAAGAAACGCUCUGUUUCGUUCUCGCAAAAAUCCAUAAACACCCUCAUGACGAACCUGAAAGAGUUCACUAAAAAGAAUGCACAACCAAAAGUGCCGAAGCCAACUAUAACUUUGGUCGAGUACAAAGAGAACAGCGAUCAGUUUGAGCUGAUCGAUCCGGAGCUCGGCAAAGCGACGCAGAGCAAUGGUCGUGGAAAUGAUCCAUCCAUAACGGUCGAUGCGAUUACACAAGGCACACAGGGCACAGUUAGUUCAGACUCGAAGCCAAAGAGUAACGGCAAUGCAAACAAAGAAAAAGGUCCAAGUAACAAUAAUAACAAUCCCAACGACUCAACAGACAAUACAAGUACGAGUACAACAAUGCCAGCGCCAGUAGCGCACGUCGAUGCAACGAAUCCGUCCAAAAACGAACCGCUUGGCAUGUCCGCCAAGCUGCGACUCAAAGUGCCAAAGAUACAGAAAAAGUCCAAAGCCCUGCGUCAAACAUUCCGCGCCAAGCUACUAAAUUUCCAAAUCAAACGCGAUAAAGUAUGUAAGCAGUGCACCAAGCGUCGGCGCGUGCAUCCAUCAAAGAACGUAUUCGAUUUCAGCAAAGACUUUAGUUUUAAAAAAGAAGAAACAAACACGGAGAGCUGUGAUGCGGUCAGUGAAGAAUUCUGCACUUGUCCGCCUGAGAAAAUUUCGAAUAAGAACGCGUUCAUCGAACCAAUGCAUUUCGAUUCGAUGAGCUCAGCCGAUGCUGAAGAUGAAGGCAGCGGUGGUGAAGAUCAGCUCAGCCUAAAGGAGCAUUGUUACAGCGUGCCCAGCUUGGCGAUGAGUGUGAGUAGUAGUGUAGUAAAUGCGGCAGUAGUUCGUUCACUGGUCGCCAGUACAGUUGAACCAAAGUGCAAGCGCAUACAAAAAAAAAUAAAUAGACGAAAAUAAAACCACAGAAUGCGUAAAUGCAUAUUUAUGUAUAAAAUAAAUAAAAAUUGCAACCAUUACAGCAUUUAUACUUGCAAGUAUUGCACAUACAUAGAAGUAGCUGUACGUAUGUAGGUAGCUGUGUAUUGGCAAGAGCGUAGCUUAGAAAUUUUGAUUAAUAUUCUUUGGCAAAUCUUGAUUUGGACUACAUAUGUAUAUACAUACGUACGUAUUUUGCACCAACAUCACCUACGCACUAAAGUCGCACCAACGACCGCAUUUUCGAAAUGUACAGCAAUUAGCGUAUUCGCUUGACUGGGCCUCUUAUUUAUUUUGUUUAAUAGUUCUCCUUUUCUUAUUGUCGUACCUAUUUAUGUAUGUAUAGUUGAGUUUUUGUUUAUAUAUGUUUGUAUUUGAAUACUUAUUAUUACUAAAAAAAAGUUAAAAUUUACCGAAUUGGCGGGUGCAAACUUGCUGCAUGGUAAACUCUUGUAAAUAAUUUCACCUAUUAAAUAUAAGAAACGGGAAUAUGUAUUUGUUUUAUCCUGAGUUUGCAUCUUUUUAUUGCUACACUUGGAAAAAAUAUAUGUAUAUUGUUUAUUAU